CGGCUGGUUCGGGCAAUGCUGCUCCCGGGACAGAGCCGGCUGGUUCGGCCAAUGCUGCUCCCGGGACAGAGCCGGCUGGUUCGGCCAAUGCUGCUCCCGGGACAGAGCCGGCUGGUUCGGCCAAUGCUGCUCCCGGGACAGAGCCGGCUGGUUCGGGGAGAACCGGCCGGUUCGGCCACCGCUGCUGGCAGGCCCAAGCGCCGCGCGGGCUCUCUCACCGCCCCUGGGGGAGCGGGCGCGCAGCCCUGCCCGGCGCCCACAGCCGCGGCACUCGGCCGGCCACCGCCCCCUACCGGCACCGGGAGCCCGUGCCGCGGAACGGACCGAGACCGGGAACGCCUCAAUGCAGCGUUCGCGUCGAUUGUGAAUUUGAUGAGAGGAGUCUCAGAGGAAUGCGAGAAGUGCUAUGGGUCUAUGGCAGCCAACAAGUGCAAAGAGAAUGAAAUCAAACACCUCUGCAAAUACCAUGGCAAGUCAGUAGAAAGAAAGAUGGAUUCCAUAGAAGAAGAGGGGACUGAAGGUCCUGUGGAAGCCAGGCAAGCUCAAGCUUGCCAGCAAAGACCCAGAAGACCUUCCAAAGAUUUCUACAUUGAAGUUUCUCCUGGUAUCUAUUCUGUCACAGCAAUCUCAGAAGACAUGGUGGAACACACCCAUGUAGUAAAUGUCAGUGCAGGACAAAGUGUUGAUUUAACUUUUGUUCUGUGAUGUUUGUUGUUUCCUGGCAAUAGCAGGAAUAAAACAUGAGGCUCUUUUUAAUGUGUGUAAUGAGCUAUAAAUAUCUUUUCUUGUUAGCACUUUAAUAGUAGCUUCCUCUUUGGGACUCCAUUUUUAUAGCCUGUACAUUUGUUUUCUAGUUAAUGCAAUUAUAUGCAGCCCACUUUGUACAUUGAUUUUUAUAUAUAUUUGUACAUUGUGUGCCUUUUAAAUCCAGUUAUGUGACUGUGUAAUUCCAGAUUCUUCUGCUCUAAGCAAUUAAAGAUACAAUCAGUGGAAUAAAA